UUUUCCGGCACAUCCUUAAUUGAGUGAGCUGUAACUGUGCAGCCUCGUCCAUAAAAGGACAAGAAUCGCGAGCGCAACAAGAUUACACGUAUACUCCCAGUACUUCCCAUUUGCACGAGGCUGAGCGUAGAAGAGGUGAAGGUGAUGGAGGACUCCUGCAUGCUGGAGGAGGUGAAGGUGGUGGAGUGCUGCAUGGUGACGCCCAGCGAGGAGAUGCCCAGGCGCGGACUCUGGCUCUCCCGGCUCGACCUCAUGAUGGUCAACAGGGGCCACACACCGAACGUCUACUUCUACCACUCCGCCUCCGGCGACGGCUUCUUCGACGUGGCCAGGCUGAAGGCCGCGAUGGCCAAGGCCCUGGUCCCCUUCUACCCCCUCGCGGGCCGUCUGGGCGUUGAUGGUGAUGGCCGGCCAGAGAUCGACUGCACUGGACAAGGUGCGCGCUUCGUGGUCGCUCGCUCGGAACUCGCCGCCGACGACUUCAGCGCCCGCCAGCCGUCGCCAGAGCUGAGGAGGCUCUUCGUCCCCGGGGACAUCGACGACGUCAUGCUCGCCGUCCAGGUGACCUUCUUCAAGUGUGGUGGGGUGGCCCUAGGCACGGCGCUGCACCACGUCGCCAUCGACGCCCUAAGCGCGGUCCACUUCAUCCAGACGUGGUCCGCCUUCUCCAGAGACGGGGCCAGCGACGGUGCUGGAGCAGCCGCGGCGGCGCUGGAGCUGCCAUGGCACGACCGCACCCUCCUCCGCGCACGCUCCCCGCCACGCGUCAUCAACCCCGACGCUCUCUCCGUGUUCUUGCCCCUCAAAAACGACCCAAACAUACCCUUGCCGGAACCGUCUGGAGCUGCCGUCAACGAGAUUUUUGUUCUUUCCAAAGACCACGUCGCCGCUCUGAAGCGUGCCUGCGGUGGCGCGAGCACGUUCUGCGCCCUCAGCGCCCACGUGUGGCGCUGCAUGUGCGCCGCUCGGCGGCUGCCGACGGACGCCGAGACGCGGCUCACCUUCCCGGCUAACUUCCGGCGCAGCCUGAGGCCGCCGCUCCCGGCACGCUACUUCGGCAACGGGAUAAUCAUGGUGGGCACCGCCUGCAAGGUGCGGGACGUCGUCGCGGACGGCUUGGAGGACCAGGCGCCGCUGGCCCCCGUCGCCGGACGGAUCAGGGACGCCGUCCGCGGGCUGGACGACGAGCUGGUGCGCUCCACGAUCGACUACCUGGAGACGGCGCCAACUAUGCCUGCGGCGCGCAGCAUGCCGGCGACGGAGCUGAGGAUUAACAGCUGGCUGGGCAUGCCGGUGUACGACGCGGAUUUCGGGUGGGGGAAGCCGCUAGCAAUGCAGCGCGCCGUGCAGCAGCGAGCAGGGCUCGUCUACCUCGCCGACAACGGCGAGGACGGGGGCGUGCGAGUCCUCGUGUCCGAGCCUUCCUCGGUUCUCGAGGAGCUCCGGGGCCUGCUGUACGCCAAGAUCUGAUGCAGUAGUUUAGUUCUGCAUUUAUUUCCGCGUUUGUUUCGCGUGCCGUAGACGUUAAAUGGUUCUCGAGAACCAUCGAUCCCCACGCCAAAAUAAUGCUAGUGUCUCCUCGGUUUUAUGUUUCAAAGCAUUCUGAAUAAAAUAAGGGCGAAUAAAAUAAGGGCGUGUCUAGCUGGCGGCCAGGGGCUCGUUAACGUUCGCGAGCGAGCGGAUAAAAAAAGUAAGCGCCUGUCUGGUCUAGAAAAGUAAUAUGUCUAGUCUUUAUGCUAUGUGGUAUCUUUUCACGUGAUGGUUGU